AUGGGAACCAUUUUAUUUGGUGAAAGAAACUCGGGCGUUCAAAUCGGAACCAACAAUGGGUCCAUUACUGUGGAAUCUCACCCUUCUUUGAACUCCAGCUUUUUCAAAACCUCAAACUACGAAUCACACAAAAACAUCAAUCCUUCACGGGUGAGGAAUACGUGUGGAUGGUUCUUGAAUCAUCACAAGUAUCGAGAAUGGAAAAACAACGACCGUGAAGAUCUUUUAUGGCUUUCCGCCGAUCCUGGCUGUGGGAAGUCUGUGCUAUCAAGAGCCUUGGUAGAUGAGAUACUGAUACAAGAUCCAUCAGCUACAAUUUGCUACUUCUUCUUCAAAGAUAAUGAGGAGCAAAAUAGCACGGUAACUGCACUAUGCGCUCUCCUGCAUCAACUGUUUUCCACAAAACCAGACCAAUUCCGCAACCACGCCGAAAAUGCAAUACGAAAACAAGGAGAAAGAUUGAGAUUUAGCUUUGAGCCGCUUUGGGAGCUAUGGAUAUCUUCGGCCUCUGACCCUGGUAGUGGAGAGAUAAUUUGUGUUCUGGAUGCCCUUGAUGAGUGUCGCCAGCCAGACCGCGAUAGAAUAAUACAAGAACUAGUGGAGUUCUAUACGAUAUCUCAGGAAAGACCAACGGGCAAAUCGAGACUAAAGUUCCUUGUCACAAGCCGUCCGUAUGUGGAAAUUGAGCGAAGAUUCGGGAAGCUUACUUAUCAGUUCCCUUCUAUUCGCCUAGCUGGCGAGGAGGAAUGGCGAUGCAUUAGCGAAGAGAUUGGGGUUGUAAUAGAUGCUAAGGUGGAUGAGAUUGCGAUUGAGAGGGGUCUCACUGAUGAUGUUCGAGAAGCUUUGAAACGCCGAUUAUCUGAGGGCCAGAACAGGACAUAUUUAUGGUUACAUUUGACCUUGGAGGUUCUUCGAGAUUGCCUUGGCCAGACAAAAAGCAAGCUUCUGCGACACAUUGAUCAGCUGCCAGACAGUGUGGAGCAGGCCUACGACGAAAUCCUACGGCGAUGUAGUAACAAGAACAAGCCAGAUGCAAGGCGUCUACUUGAGAUUCUCGUCGCAGCACAACGUCCCUUAGACCUGGCUGAGAUUGAUGUUGCGCUAGAGGUCCGAACCAAUUUCAGGUCCUGCUGCGAUAUGGAUCUUGAGGGUCAAGCCCACAGAAAAAAGUGGAUACGUGAUGCUUGUGGCUUGUUCGUCAGCAUUCUUGAUUCUCGUGUCCACCUUAUUCACCAAACGGCGAGGGAAUUUCUAUUACGGCAGGCGGAUGAAGAAGUUGCGGCCGGGACAUGGAGACACUCGAUUGAUCUGCAAAAUGCCCAUUCAGGCCUUGCUAAGUUGUGCAUCAAAUAUCUCCUUUCCAGCGACUUCCGGAGACAAUAUCAAGAACCCGUCCGCCAGUCGACACCUCAGGAGGGCUUUUUGGACUAUUCUGCAAACUACUGGACAUAUCAUGUUCGACAAGUUGUUGACAUAGAAAGUGAAUGGGUCUGUGCGGCAGCCAAGUUAUGUGAAGUUGGGAAUGGAUCAUUUUCAUACUGGAUGGGCUUUCAUCAAGAUAGCAUUAUUUGGAAGCGAUUAAUUCGUUCACAAAUGUCUUCUUUAUACUGGGCGACGCAUUGGAAGUUGGUCCUGAUUGCGGAGUUUUUCAUCAAUAAAUUUGAAAUCAAACUCACGGACGAGGUCAUUCAGAAAGCCGCAAAGAAUGGAUCUAGCGGAGCAAAGAUCAUGGAACUUCUACUUGAUCGACGAGGAGCCGAAACCAAGAUCACGGAUGAAGUCGUCCAAGCAGCCGCGCGAAAUUGGUCUAGUGGAGUAAAAAUCAUCGAACUUUUACUUGACCGACGAGGAGCCGAGAUCAAGAUCACGGAUGAAGUCGUUCUGGCUGCUGUGGGGAAUGGAUCUAGCGGAGCAAAGAUCAUGGAACUUCUACUUGACCGACGAGGAGCCGAGAUCAAGAUCACGGGUGGAGUUGUUCAGGCUGCCGUGGGGAAUGAAUAUAUCGGUGCAAAGAUCAUCGAACUUUUACUUGACCGACGAGGAGCCGAAACCAAGAUCACGGAUGAAGUCGUCCAAGCAGCCGCGCGAAAUUGGUCUGGUGGGGCAAAAAUCAUGGAACUUUUACUUGACCGACGAGGAGCCGAGAUCAAGAUCACGGGUGGAGUUGUUCAGGCUGCCGUGGGGAAUGAAUAUAUCGGUGCAAAGAUCAUCGAACUUUUACUUGACCGACGAGGAGCCGAGAUCAAGAUCACGGAUGAAGUCGUUUUGGCUGCUGUGGGGAAUGGAUCUAGCGGAGCAAAGAUCAUGGAACUUCUACUUAGCCGACGUGGAGCCGAAACCAAGAUCACGGAUGAAAUCGUCCAAACAGCCGCGCGAAAUUGGUCUGGUGGAGUAAAAAUCAUAGAACUUCUACUUGACCGACGAGGAGCCGAGAUCAAGAUCACGGAUGAUGUCGUUCUGGCUGCUGUGGGGAAUGGAUUUAGCGGAGCAAAGAUCAUGGAACUUCUACUUGACCGACGAGGAGCCGAGAUCAAGAUCACGGAUGAUGUCGUUCUGGCUGCCGUGGGGAAUGAAUCUAGCGGAGCAAAGAUCAUGGAACUUCUACUUGACCGACGAGGAGCCGAGAUCAAGAUCACGGCUGGAGUCGUUCAGGCUGCCGUGGGGAAUGAAUCUAGCGGAGUAAAGAUCAUGGAACUUCUACUUGACCGACAAGGAGCUGAAAUGAAUAUCUCUAACGAAAUUGUUCGGGCUACUGUGGGGAAUCGGUCUAGUGGAGUAAAGAUCAUGGAACUUCUACUUGACCGACGAGGAGCCGAGAUCAAGAUCACGGAUGAAGUCGCUCGGACUGUCGCUGGGAAUAUAUAUUGUGGAGCAAAGAUCAUGAAGUUUCUCCUUAACCAACAAGGAGCCGAAGUCGAGGUUACUAAUGAAGUUGUUCGGGCUGCCGCGGAGAAUCCAUCUAGUGGAGCAACGAUCAUGGAACUUCUACUUAACCGACGAGGAGCCGAGAUCAAGAUCACAGAUGAAGUCGUUCAGGCAGCCGCGCGAAAUUGGUCUAGUGGAGCAAAGAUUAUGGAACUUCUACUUAACCGACGAGGAGCUGAGAUCAAGAUCACAGAUAAAGUCGUCCAGGAAGCUGUGGGCAAUUUAUAUCGCGGGGCGACGAUUAUGGAAAUUUUACUUGACCGACGGGGAGACGAGAUCAAGAUCACGGAUGAAGUCGUUCAAGCAGCCGCAAGGAAUCAGCUUAGCGGAACGAAGACCAUGGAGCUUCUACUUGACCGACGAGGAGCUGAGAUCAAGAUCACAGAUAAAGUCGUCCAGGAAGCUGUGGGCAAUUUAUAUCGCGGGGCGACGAUUAUGGAAAUUUUACUUGACCGACGGGGAGACGAGAUCAAGAUCACGGAUGAAGUCGUUCAAGCAGCCGCAAAGAAUCAGCUUAGCGGAACGAAGAUCAUGGAACUUCUACUUGACCGAUGA